ACUUGACCUUAUUGCUUUUAGCCUGCUGGCUUUAUAACUAUUUAUUUAUUUUAUUUUGGUUUGUCCCCAAAGAGGGGCUCAAAAGGAAAUGAAUUUCGAACCAGCACCUUUCACCACCUUGCAGUACUACCCUGAUCCCUGCAUCCAGCGGUUUGUAGAAACUCCGAGCCCCUUCUCCUGGAAGGAGAGUUACUACCGAUCAGCCAUGUCCCAGGGCUCACAGCCGAGGGAAUUCCUCAGCCCAGAGGUAAUCCAGCAUCUCUGGGACUUCCUGGAACAGCCAAUAUGCUCAGUUCAACCAAUUGAUUUAAACUUCAUCGAUGGCCCAUCUGAAAAUGGCUCUACAAACAAAAUUGAGAUUAGCAUGGACUGCGUCCGGGUGCAGGACACGGAGCUCAAUGACCCAAUGUGGCCGCAGUACACGAACCUGGGGCUCCUGAACAGCAUGGACCAGCAGAUCCAGAAUGGCUCUUCCUCCACCAGCCCUUACAACACGGAGCACGCGCAGAACAGCGUCACGGCCCCCUCGCCUUAUGCCCAGCCCAGCUCGACUUUUGACGCUCUCUCGCCCUCCCCAGCCAUCCCUUCCAACACAGACUACCCAGGACCUCACAGCUUUGAUGUAUCAUUUCAACAGUCCAGCACAGCAAAGUCAGCAACAUGGACGUAUUCCACCGAACUGAAAAAGCUGUACUGCCAGAUUGCCAAGACAUGUCCCAUCCAGAUCAAAGUGAUGACCCCACCACCUCAGGGAGCUGUCAUCAGGGCUAUGCCAGUCUACAAGAAAGCUGAACAUGUCACUGAAGUGGUCAAACGCUGCCCGAACCACGAGCUGAGCCGGGAGUUCAACGAGGGGCAGAUUGCACCUCCCAGCCACCUGAUCAGGGUGGAAGGGAACAGCCAUGCCCAGUAUGUAGAAGACCCCAUCACCGGCAGGCAGAGUGUGCUGGUCCCCUAUGAGCCACCCCAGGUUGGUACUGAGUUCACCACAGUCUUGUACAACUUCAUGUGUAACAGUAGCUGCGUUGGAGGGAUGAACCGUCGCCCAAUCCUUAUCAUUGUGACUCUGGAAACAAGAGAUGGGCAAGUCUUGGGCCGCCGGUGUUUCGAAGCCCGUAUUUGCGCUUGCCCAGGCAGAGACCGCAAAGCAGACGAGGACAGCAUCCGCAAGCAGCAAGUCUCUGACAGCACAAAGAAUGGUGAUGGUACGAAGCGCCCGUUUCGACAAGGAACUCACGGCAUACAGAUGACAUCUAUCAAAAAGAGACGUUCCCCAGAUGAUGAGCUCUUAUACUUGCCAGUGAGGGGACGGGAGACGUAUGAAAUGCUACUAAAGAUCAAAGAGUCCCUGGAGCUGAUGCAGUACCUUCCCCAGCACACGAUUGAGACCUACCGGCAGCAGCAGCAGCAGCAGCACCAGCACUUGCUCCAGAAGCAGACCUCCAUGCAGUCGCAGUCAUCCUACGGCUCUAACUCUCCACCACUCAGCAAAAUGAACAGCAUGAACAAGCUGCCCUCGGUCAGCCAGCUCAUCAACCCCCAGCAGCGCAAUGCCCUGACCCCAACCACCAUCCCCGACAGCAUGGGAACCAACAUUCCCAUGAUGGGCACCCACAUGGCCAUGACCGGUGACAUGAAUGGCCUCAGCCCCACGCAGGCGCUGCCUCCUCCCCUCUCCAUGCCUUCAACGUCCCACUGCACCCCCCCUCCUCCAUACCCCUCAGACUGCAGCAUCGUCAGCUUCUUAGCGAGGUUGGGCUGCUCAUCCUGUGUGGAUUAUUUCACGACCCAGGGGCUGACCACCAUCUAUCAGAUUGAGCAUUACUCCAUGGAUGAUCUGGUGAGCCUCAAGAUCCCGGAGCAGUUCCGCCAUGCCAUCUGGAAGGGCAUCCUGGACCACCGGCAGCUCCAUGACUUCUCCUCCCCUCCCCACCUCCUGCGCACCCCCAGCGGCGCCUCCACCGUCAGCGUGGGCUCCAGUGAGACGCGGGGGGAGCGCGUCAUCGACGCCGUGCGCUUCACGCUCCGGCAGACCAUCUCCUUCCCGCCCCGCGACGAGUGGAACGACUUCAACUUCGACAUGGAUGCCCGGCGCAACAAACAGCAACGCAUCAAGGAGGAAGGGGAGUGAGACCCCCGGACUCCCCCCACCCCGCCUCGACCACAAACUGCUCAGCCCUUCAUUUGUCUUCCUUCUGCUUGGUACUGCACCCCUGGACGAAGGGCAGAGGGAACCUUCUUGCUCACUCGUGCCUGGUUAUGCCCUUGAUGCUGUCUAGGUCAUACUCCUGGACUGCGACCUCCACCCCGGCUCUUGCAAGGGGAAGAGCUGAGCGAAGGGGGAAGGCGGGUGGUGUUUCCUUGAAAACCGUUGACCUUCUUGAGAAGGUGUUGUUCUUGUUUCAUGUUUUCCUUUGGGGAUAGGGCUUCUUUUCUUGACUUUUGAAUCCUCGCACACAUUGUGGGCGUCCUGACAUGCAAACUUGUUUCUGUCAUCCAGUGAUCCCACUUUGAAAAGCAGAAAGGUUAAAAUAAAAUUUUUUAAAGGCAAAAAAAAAAAACCCACAAAACAAAAAACCAAAACCAAACAACCAAACUCAUGCUAACAGCAAAUGCAAAAAACCUAAAGCAACCCAACCCUGAACUGACCAUCUUGCUCUUAAACGUUACUCUUAAACAGCCUCUUCCCAUGGAGCUGAGUGCUCUGUUCAUGUAUGAUAUUCUCCAGCGGAGACAGCACAUGCACUUUGCUGGGCAGGCCAGCACUUACGGCACCUCCAUCCUACUUCUCCCUUUUCCCUCUUCCCUCACCUUCUCUGGGAAAAACCAAACCUGCUGUCUCUUCUUGUUUUGGAUUGACAUUCUUAUGUAUGUCCUGGUUUGCUUCUUUCAGGCUAUGAGUGUAAAUAAAGCUAUCAUCACUUGAAUUCUGCCCCUAACCAGCCUUUAACCAUGAUGUACCACUACUGACAUUUAAGUUAGAGAAUUAGGCUUUGCCAAAUAUGCAGCCUGGCUAGUUUAGCAUAGGGAUUUGCCCACCUAACCUCCAGUUGAAUGGAGAACCAAGAGCUGCACACUGAUCUGUAGGGCUUCAGCUAUCCUAAACUCAGACAAUCUUUUAUUUAGACCAGGCUAGAUUGGUUUCCUCCCAUGUAAAGUAGAACUGUCUUUAGAUAUAUCUGUGAUAGGCUGAAACCUGUUGUGUUUUGUUGCUAUUAACUAUAGGCUGAGUGACAAAAAGCUAGAAGUGGAUAAUAAAAAAAGAAAUAAUUGCUAACUGCCUUAAAUCGAGGACCUGGUAAUAUGGGUGUUGUUACUACAAUAAGUAAUGUUUACAUGAGAACUUGAUUUAUCUCUGUUUUUUUCUUUAUGUGCUCUACCACAGAUGUGCUCUGAGGCAUUUCCUCUGACUGCCAGUGGUCCUGUGGACAAGUAACUGAGCAGUGUGUUUUCACAUUUUUAUAGGCCAAGGUCGUGGAACUGUCAUGAAUGCAAAAUAUACCUAAGCUGAGGAGCAAGGCUCAGCACAGCUGCUUUGAAGUUGGCUUACUCUUUUUAACAGUAAGUCUGACCUUUUUUGGCUGGGAAAAGAUGAAAAAAGCAGCUUAAAUGACUUGUCAUCCUACCUUGCUACAGCCGAACAAUCUCGUUUCAAUGCAGUGGCUGUUUCCUGGGCCCUGCUGUGUGCCAUGUAUUUCAUUUAAGUCCAGUAUGGUUAGCACCCUCCAUCUGUCUGCUGUGCCGGGUCUGCGUUGUGUUCAAAAACUGCCUUUUGGUAACUGUGCAAGCUGGGUUAGCUAUAAAUGGUAAUGCCAGAUGGUUACUGUAAAAUGUGUAUAUAAAUGUUUUUUGUAUGUGUAAUUUUUGUUUUCCUACAGCAGAAGACGGGAAUUUUUAUUUCUUCUUGGGCUACUGGGUCACACAGAACCACAAUAAAAUGUUGUUUGUUUUUCUGUUUUUUUUUUUAAUUAUUAUUUUUAUGCAGAACGCUUACACUAUACCUUGUGACAAAUAACUAGUGACUGGAAGAAUAUAUUUGUAUUUUUCAUACUGAGAUUCCUGUUACUUUGCAGUUGAGGAGGGAGGGGGCAGGUACUGAAAGUCUGUUUUAUCAUUUUAUUUUGUAACACUUCAAAGAGCAGUGUCCUAGAUUUCAAAGUAUUUAACAUGCUCAGUGUGAGAACUUACUGUGUCUAUUAAUUUUUUUUUCUAUAUGGUACAAAGGGAGAAAGUCAUUCUGCUCUUGAUACAAUAAUUAAUUCAGUGGGGCAGUGCAGGGAAAGUGUUGGUGUGAAUACUUCACAAAUUCUUGGAGGUGAAUUAGGCUGUGCCCUUCUCACAUCCAGGGUUUUGCAUCUUUCUAAGCUGUUACAGUAUUGUACUAAUAUUGACGCUAAAGACCCAAAUCAUUUUUAGGAACUAGGAAGCUUCUGACUAUAAAGGUUAAUGCAGUUAGUGCUGUGCCCAGAGUCUGGGUACAAGAACUUCAAUGUCUGCUUUUCAACUCAGCAGUGAGAUGGAGCUUUUCUGAUGCAUCAUGAACAAUAAAAAUAUAUGCUGUGAAAACCUUAUUUCCACGGGAUAGUACUAUGCAGCCCACUUGGGUAUAUCUGGAACAUACAAGUGAGUUUGAACUACUGUAGCUUUUACCCUCCCCUGUAGAGCUGUGAUUUUGUUGUUGUUGUUGUUUUGAUGCCUCGAAGCAUUAUGAGCUGAGAAUCUGCCAAUGCUUGUAGCAAUGACAGUCCUGUCUGCACCAAGAUCAGUAUGUGUUUUGGAAAGCCUUGUUGUUGAAGUAACUGAAAAUAAAAGCCAAACUG